UGCCUGCUAAACACCAUCAUCAGUAUAUUUACUGUGUCUGUAUCAUCACCCUAUACGUUGAAACGUACUGUAUCAUUGAAUCAAGAUGCCUAUCCAGCAACCAUCAAAUCAAAUAAAGCUCACAAAUGUAUCUAUCGUACGCUUGAAGAAGGGUGGUAAACGGUUUGAGAUUGCCUGCUACAAAAAUAAGGUACAGGAAUGGAGAAACGGAGUAGAGACGAGUUUAGAUGACGUCCUCCAAAUCUCGAACGUCUUCAUGAAUGUAUCCAAAGGCGAGGUUGCCAAGUCUAACGAUCUCCAAAAAGCAUUUGGUACCUCUACAGUCGGUGAUGUCGUUAAGGAGAUCUUAAAGAAAGGCGAAGUUCAAGUGGGAGAGAAAGAACGUGAUCACGAUCUUGCUUCUCUCCGCAAGGAGAUAGCUACACUAGUCGCUGAGAAAUGUGUCGAUCCGGCGACUCAACGUCCAUAUCCUGUCGGAAUGAUCGAAAAGGCUAUGGCUGAAGCAGGCGUGAGUGUGAAAGCAGGAAAGAAUGCUAAGAGUCAAGUAGCGGAAACGCUGCGACUCAUACAGGGUCACUCAACACUGCCGAUUCAACGCGCAAGGAUGCGGGUACGUGUCGUUGUCCCGGCCUCCGAAGGAGAGCGUCUACAGGAACAGAUUCGUGCAUUGGCUGAGACGGUCGAGAAAGAAGACAAGGGAGAAACUUGGGAAACUGUUAUGCUUAUCGAGCCCUCGCAAAUCCGCGCAAUCAACGAACUAUUGCAGAAGGAGUGCAAGGGAAAGGGGCGCGUUGAGACGCUCACCUUUGCCGCAACCGCUGAUAACAAUUAAAUCAUUCCUAUCGCAUCGGCGUAUUCUCGCGAUUUUGAGUUAUGCUGAUUUGUUGUCAUCAUCGCAUCAUCAUCUCACAUUCAUGAGUGAAUAUGUCCUUAGCAGAUUUUAUUGCUUAUUCUAAUUCCAAAACAACCGAUGAAGUUCUUGCUGUUCUAGGCGUCAUCAUGAGGACACCUUGUAGUCAUCCGGUAUUUGGAUCCAAAGUUAUAUUGCUCGGUUCGUCAUCCCCAUCGUGUGCCUUGGCAUCAUGCCCGUUUGUAAGGGAAGCCACAUGAAUAAAGUUGAUCUAGCC